CCCGUAAGGGCUGUUAGCCUUCCCCUUCGCCUUUUCGUUUACCGAAAUGGCGGCGAAGGGCGCUCCCGCCCCGCCUCCAAGGUGACUGCCAGGUUGUGCGGUCACGUAACAGGCGGAGCCGGGUAGGGGCGAGUCGUGAUAGGGACGGGGCUGCGUGCGCGGGUGCUUUCGGCGGCGCGGCGCGACGCGACGCGGAUGGUAUGGGGUGCGCGGCUCUGCUGUGGGGCUGGCUCCUGCUUGGCUGCAGCUGGGGCCCCGGGUCCCUCGGGGUUGGUGCCGCUGCAAUCGCGAAGGCCGCCUACGUACUUGACGAUGCCGGUGGGCUGGGCAGACAGUUCGACGGGAUCGGGGCUGUCAGCGGCGGCGGGGCCACAUCUAGACUCCUGGUGAACUAUCAAGAACCUUAUCGCUCCCAGAUUUUAGAUUAUCUGUUCAAGCCAAAUUUUGGUGCUUCUCUACAUAUCCUCAAAGUAGAGAUUGGAGGUGAUGGACAGUCAACAGAUGGUACUGAACCCUCCCAUAUGCACUAUGAAAAUGAUGAGAACUACUUCCGGGGCUAUGAAUGGUGGCUGAUGAAAGAGGCUAAGAAGAGGAACCCCAACAUUAAAAUGAUUGGAUUACCGUGGACAUUUCCAGGAUGGAUAGGGAAGGGUGAAAACUGGCCUUAUGACUAUCCAGAUGUCACUGCUUACUAUAUUAUUUCUUGGAUAUUGGGAGCUAAACAGUAUCAUGAUUUGGACAUUGACUAUAUUGGGAUAUGGAAUGAGAGGGCUUUUAAUAGCAAAUAUAUUAAGCUGUUGAGGUACACAUUGGAUAAGCAUGGUCUGCAGCAGGUGAGGAUCAUAGCCAGCGAUAGACUGUGGGAGCCCAUUUCCUUUGUCUUGCUGCUUGACUCUGAGCUCCAUGGAGUGGUCGAUGUCAUUGGUGCUCACUAUCCUGGGACAAAAACAGUGCCAAAUGCCUUAUUAACUAAGAAGAAGCUGUGGUCUUCCGAAGAUUACAGUACUUUCAAUGACGAAGUAGGUGCAGGCUGCUGGGCUCGGAUUCUGAACCAAAAUUAUGUGAAUGGAAACAUGACCUCAACUAUUGCAUGGAAUUUGGUGGCUAGUUACUAUGAAGAGUUGCCCUUUGGUCGAUGUGGAUUAAUGACAGCGCAAGAGCCAUGGAGUGGCCACUACAAAGUUGAAGCUCCUAUUUGGAUUACAGCACAUACAACACAGUUUACUCAGCCAGGCUGGUCAUACUUGCAAGUGGAUGGACACUUAAAAGGAGGUGGCAGUUUUGUUGCUCUGACAGACGGCCUAGGAAACCUCACCAUCAUCAUUGAAACUAUGACUCAUAAUCACUCUCAGUGUAUCAGACCUCCACUGCUUCCUUUCAUUGUGACACCUCAGACAGCAACUUUCUACCUUAAAGGGUCAUUUUAUAUGAUAGAAACCCUUCAGGUGUGGCAUUCUAGACUUGGUUUCAAAUCUGGAAACACUAGUCUUUUCCAGCAACUCGAACCUGUAAAGGUAUGGAGGGGAAGUUUUUCUUUAGAUCUAAAUGUGGAUGAAGUCUACACUUUAACUACACUCAGGACAGGGCAGAAAUGUGGUUGCCCAGAGCCUCCCCAACCUCAGCCCUUUCCUUCAAAUUACAAGGAUGAUUUCAAUAUUCGUAAUCCACCUUUCAGUGAAGCCCCAAAUUUUGCAGAUCAGACAGGUGUUUUUGAAUACUUCGUAAAUGCUUCUGACCCUGGAGAUCAUGUGUUCACACUCCGCCAGGUGGUGGUUCAGCGACCCAUCACUUGGGCUUCUGAUGCAGACCAGACCAUCAGUCUCAUAGGAAAUUUUAAGUGGGUAAACUUGACAGUCACAUGUGACAUCUACAUAGAAAAUGCACGUGAUGGGGGCGUGUUUAUUGCAGGAAGGGUCAACAAUGGUGGGAUAUACGUUCGACGUGCCAAAGGAGUUUUCUUCUGGGUUUUUGCAGAUGGCACCUACAGAGUCACUAGUGACCUAGCUGGAAAAGAAAUAUUGAUGAAAGGACUUUCUGGUGUCCGGGAUAACACAUGGCACACUCUUACUCUGAACAUUCAGGGCACUUCUGCCUCAGGACAGCUAAAUGGUUAUCCACUCUGGGAGAAUGUCACCAUUUCUAAACCAAGUAAUGGCUGGGCUGCUAUUGGAACUCGCUCAUUUGAGUUUGCACAGUUUGACAACUUUCAUGUUGAAGCUAGCUGAGGUGGCUUUUGCAUUUGGUGACCACAGUUCUUGUAUUGGAAUACGAGCCAGUUCAGACUUUGAGAACACCUUGGUGCUAUGCUGAGAUUGAUCUGAUGUCACAGAAUCUGAAGUCAGCCCUUGUUAUUUGUUAAAGGUUUACUUCACUAAGUAUCAACAUGACUGUAAUUUUAUCCCCUGGUUACUGGGAAGUUUUUGCCAUUAUGUUUUUUGGGGGAGUUAAAUUUUUGAUCAAUUAAUGAUGAAAACAAGCCCAUGGAUUUUAAAUCCAUUUUAAUAAUGACAACUUAACUUCCCAGAUACUUUUUAAUGUACAUAACAGAAGACAGAGGCAUCUCAAGCUGUGUUUUUUUCACUACAUGACUGUGUCCAUUCCUUUCACUCUGAAAAGAAAGAAUUAAAUGCCAGUAAGCCUUGAGCCAGUGGCUCCAUACUUCUGUAUGCUUGUCAUUCAGAUUUCAUUUGGAUGAAGUACCUACUGUUUUUGUAGUGAAAAAGAUGUGUGAUUUUUUUCUGCUGCAGUCUAAGGCUAAACAUUACAAGUAUUUCAAAUGCACUUGAUUACUUUUUCUGAUUUUGAUUAACAGCCUUCAAAUAGUUCUUAUUUUCAGUGGAAUGGAAAUGUGCUUUAUGGUUGAUCAGACAGUGCAGGAUGUGCUUUACUCCUAAACUACCUCCUCUUUCCAAUGAAAGAGUUGAAAUGGGUGAAAAGAUAGCAUAACUUGUAGUUUGUUAAUUGUAGCUGCACGAGUGUGUGUUCGUUUUGUUUGGUUGUUGUCUUUUUGUGUAUGUGUCUUAUUUUAUUUUGCUUUAUUCCCUCACGGUGCAAAGAAUGAAAACUUUGCAUCAUGGAUGCUGUCAAACAGACUGCUUACUUUCACAUCAAGUCACAUGUGGAAAUAAGGUCCUUUGUUCCUAGAAACUUGGGCAAUUAUCUCUCACUUAGAGCAGAAAAAAAAAUAUAUGAGUGUAGCACAGAGGUGAUACAGAUAUUAUCACUCUUUGCCCCUAAGAGAUUGUAUCAAUUCAUAAGGUAAGUGACAGCAAGCAGAUUCAGAAUCAUUUAGAGUGCUAGGCAAUAGCAUUGGCACACAUGUCUGUUUCUAACUUUUCUUAGCCAUCACAGCUUGAAGUACAGAGGGUAUUUUAGAUCCUUGUGUUUUUAACAAGUGACUGAUACAAAAUAAUAUUAAUUGAGAAUAUCAUGAGGUACUGAAUGAUGUUUUCAUCACACACAUUCCAAGCCAUGCAGUUGGCUUCUGAAUUUGUCUUGUUUGCUGUUGUUGAUUGAGGAUGAUGUUGUCAUAAAACAUGGCUCUUGUGUCCAUCUGCUUUUCAAACUCAUGUUCUGUUUAACUGACAAGUAAGAAGUUCCACAGAAUUGAUAGGGCACUAAUAGCUGUAUGAGGUGAUCUGCAGUAGGCAAUAUCUUGAGUAACAGAUUUGCAAUAUAGUUUGAUUUUUGUGGAUUAUUAUUUCAUCCACUUUAUAGGCUGAUUCCAGUACAUGUUAACUUCAGUCUUUAAAGUUGUCACUUAAUAAAGAGUUUAUGUAAUAUGAAUCAUUACUUGAAAUUUUGUAUAAAGGUUUGUCUUCCAAAUUAGCCUUUGGAGCAGUGAUCUCGAAAGUCCAUCUCUAAUAUGUAAGAGUGCUUUUAACUAUUACUCUGCUGUGAACUGAUUGAAUCAUUCACACAUGCAAGUUUGCUAUGUGCUAGUAACUUUGGAAAGUGAUCCAAACCACAAAACUCUUACAGAAGGCUUCCAAGUAGUAAGUAACAAUUUACUUACCUGGGUGAAAAAUUAAAGGCAUUUUUCCACUUCAAUUCCAUUGGAUGAUUGAAGUUUGGAUGCAAAUCUGUUUAUUACUUGCUUGGUUUCAGAAGGGAUGUCACUGGUAAUACAAGAGAUGUAUCUCACAGAGUAAACUUAUUUUAGUUGUGAUGGUUUCCCUACUUCUUGGAGACCUCUUGGUAGCUUAUGUGUCUACAAGCAGUGUUUGUGUAAGAGAGAGAUCAGCGAUGAUGCAGUUAAGUCCAAAGGAGCUGUCCAUUUUUUUAUAUUUAAUGCACUAAACAUUGGAUACUAAGCACAUUUAUAUUUUGUCACUUAAAGUGUUGAUUUUAUUUGUUGUUCUAAUCUUAAUUUAUAAUAUUAGAGGAUUAAACUGUUACAAACUGAAUAAAUAAUUUAAUAGUGUUAUUAUUCAUCUUUAUAUGUCUGUAAUUCUUCACCCUUCAGCAGGCUGUAAUAUGUUUGGCAAUAAGAAGCUGUCAAGUCUUUUACAGAGGGGUGGAUUUAUGUUGUUAAUUAUAAAUACUAAUAAUUUUAAAUGGACAAAUAAAAUACUUAACCCUGCUGUAUUUGUGCAGAGA